AGCCCACACCACCAUCAUGGUAGCCCACACCACCACCACAGUAGUAACCCAUUUCCGACUGUAUUAUUUUCAUAUAGGAUUUCCCAUAAACUAGUCUAGACCUGCUCAGCAAGUGACCAUAAAUAGAUUAGGGAGAUGACGUAUUGAAAGGGAAACUUAACGAAAUGUAAAUCUUUCCAUUGUGACGAUGCUAUAAAUAGUCCUGUGACCUUCCAUUGUGACUCUUCACUUAGAAAGACAUCAUAUCCUAGAAGAAGCUCAUCAUGGGUAUCCAGGGUUUGACCAGCUUCAUAGAUCAUUGUGGAACAAUUGUAAAAUAUGAUCAUUUCAGAAACAGCAAGGUGGUCAUAGAUGGUAGUAAUAUAUUCCACUUUCUUUAUUUUAACCCAAGUGUGGAUCAGCAGCAUGGAGGAGAUUUUGAGGACCAGGUCUGCAAGUUCUUCAAGGCGCUGAGAGAUUGCGGCAUUGAACCUUAUGUGAUUAUAGACGGAGGCUCCGACCCCACCGACAAAAAGUUUGAAACUCUCAGAAAACGAGCUGAAUCAAAGAUCGACACAGCCAACAUGUUGUCCAAGGGGCUUCGAGGGGCUUCGAGGGGCUUCAAGGGGCUUCAAGGGGCCAGGUUAAUACCAACCCUUGCCAGACAAGUCUUUAAAGAGGUCCUUUCCAGCUUAGGGGUCCCGUUCGCACAGGCCCUUUCUGAGGCAGACCAAGAAAUAGCCUCAUUGGCUCAAAGGUGGAAGUGUCCGGUCCUGUCUAAUGACAAUGACUUUUAUAUUUUUGACAUCCAGGCAGGAUUUCUUCCCAUGUCCCAUUUUAAGUGGCAGAACGCGUCAGUGCAAAAUUACAUCCCCUGCAAGCUGUACACCACAACAAGCUUCUGCAGACACUUCAACAUCAACAGACAGCUUCUCCCAGUCUUCGCUGCCAUUGCAGGAAACGACUAUGUCAACUUGGAUAAGAUGGGCUUUCCUUUCAGGUGGAAAGACAACUCACCGAUGGAACCCAAUCGAAAGCCAAGGGUUGUCUUUUUCAACAAGUUGCUGAAAUGGCUGGCCAGUUUCCAGGAGAAGCAGGAGGCCUUGGACAAUGUGCACCUCCUCAUUGGUCAUGGGGAAAACAACAUGGAUGCUGCCCUCCAGGCCCUCUCUCAGGGCAUAGAAACAUACCAGAUUCAACCCGGUUGCCUGGAGCGUUUCUUCAAUGAUGGCGAGGCUCCUGAUCCCGGCCUUCUCCCAGACCAUCUGAGUGUCCUUCCAGACUGGACUCUGCUGCCGUUGACGAAGGGGACACUUCCCCCCUACAUGAUAUACAUUCUGCAGCUGAGGCCAGUGAUACAGGGUAUCCAAGUGGAAGAUCACAGCUUACCCAGUGGGAACAUCACCUCUCGGCCAAUACGGCAGGUAUUCUACGGGCUGCUGCUGGGUGAGGGGAGGGAAGUGGAGGAGUAUGACAGGGAAGGGAAGAACCUGACCAGCAGCAAGGUUAAAGCCAUCCUGCCCAGUGCUGCACAACUGCUGCAGCUGGACACACUGGAUCAGACUCCAUAUUUUGAGCGGCUUGAGGUAUUUUUGGAGACCCUUGGUGUGUCCCAGUCCACUUUGAAUGGUGUCCCACCUCACCUGGGACUUCCUGUAGCUGUUACCUACUACUGGCAGAGGCACGCCCAUCCCCGACCAGACCGUCCUCUCCUGCAGGCCCUGCUACUAGGACUUGUGUUCGGAGAGCUCUGCAGACAGAGGAAGAGCCAGAGAGGGUUUAUAGAGGAGGGACUAGUGUUGGAGAGGAUGAGAGGGCUGAUUCAGAGACCUGCUAUGAGUCCAGACCUGGGUGUGGCCCACGUCUUUAGCCAAUGGAAUCGUUGCAUGAGGGAUGGCCUUGACCUGAAUCAACUGCUGUGUCUCCCUCUACCUGAGCCUCAGUGUGCCUGGCUGUACAAGGGAACUCUGGUGCACCAGCUUGUGGACCAACUGAGAGGUGGGGUGACCCCGGAUUCUCUCCUGAUGGAAGACCCUUCCUCUGUGCAGCUGUACAGAGCCAUGCUGGAAGCCAUAUUCAACUCCUAGGAAGCUGAGACCACUGGACAACCUGACGGACCCUCCACAGAUUCUGGUGCUGGAGGAAGAAGAGGAUGUUGAUGAUGAUGAUGGUGCUGGUGCUGGAGGAAGUUGUACUGAAGUCCCAAUGUCCCACUGCAAGAGGAAGGAAAGAUUUAACAAAGCUCUGUCAAGUUGUAAAUAUCGGGACCACUAUAUACAGACCACUAUAUAGGGACCACUAUAUAGGGACCACUAUAUAGGGACCACUAUAUAGGAACCACUAUAUAGGGACCACUAUAUAGGGACCACUAUAUAGGGACCACUAUAUAGGGACCACUAUAUAGGGACCACUAGGGACCCAGCUUUCUGUGACAUUUUAGUGACAGAAGGCCUGGGUAGGAAGGCCCCACUUGCAUACACACACACACACACACACACACACACACACACACACACACACACACACACACACACACACACACUCAUGAAGUAGUUUCACUUUCAUUCACACACAGAGAAUAAAGAAGAAUGAACAUCGAUAAGAGAAUUCACAUUUAUUUAAAUAAAAUAAGAAAAAAAAAGAAGAAAUUAAUUGGUACUGAAGUUUAUUGAAAUGAUCAUUCAAGGUUAAAUAGGUUACAUGUUGAAAGUUGAAAACAUUGUGAAAUAUGAACGGAGGAUUAAAGUAGUGCAGUAAUGGAGGUUUCUAGCUUGAAUUGUAAAUCCACAGGUCAGAACAGCCAGGCAGGAGGUGGGGGGUUAGUUGGUGCUGAAAAUGCACCUUAUGAGCAAAUGCCGCAUUAGGUGUUAAUGCAUCAUUGGAGCAGGAGUUAGCCACAAUGAGUUAGCAGACAGGAAGACUGUUAGCCACAAUGAGUUAGCAGACAGGACGACUGUUAGCCACAAUGAGUUAGCAGACAGGACGACUGUUAGCCACAAUGAGUUAGCAGGCAGGAAGACUGUUAGCCACAAUGAGUUAGCAGACAGGAAGACUGUUAGCCACAAUGAGUUAGCAGACAGGAAGACUGUUAGCCACAAUGAGUUAGCAGACAGGAAGACUGUUAGCCACAAUGAGUUAGCAGACAGGAAGACUGUUAGCCACAAUGAGUUAGCAGACAGGAAGACUGUUAGCCACAAUGAGUUAGCAGACAGGAAGACUGUUAGCCACAAUGAGUUAGCAGACAGGAAGACUGUUAGCCACAAUGAGUUAGCAGACAGGAAGACUGUUAGCCACAAUGAGUUAGCAGACAGGAAGACUGUUAGCCACAAUGAGUUAGCAGACAGGAAGACUGUUAGCCACAAUGAGUUAGCAGACAGGAAGACUGUUAGCCACAAUGAGUUAGCAGACAGGAAGGCUGAUGGUAGAAAGGACUCUCUUUGAGAAGAACCUGUCGACUGCUUGGAACAAGAUUUUUGCUUUCGCUUUUUAGCUUGAGAUAUUUUUUGUUUUUUAUUCUACUUGGUUAAAGUAAUAUUCUAGGAGGAAUCGUUAAGGUGACCUCAUUGACAGAAGUGUGUUAAUGUAGCUGUUAGAGUAUUUUUAAACACCAACUGAGGGACUGAUCAUCUUGAGGGGGAGACAAAGAGCCGUUUAUAAAUAGUUUCUAUUGUUUUUAAAUAUUGUGCUUCUGAUAAAAUUGUGAUCGACAAAUAACAUUUUAUUGGCACAUCCCACUAAUGGUUUAGUUAAAGGGCGCUGGAGGCAUCUAUCAAGUUAAUUAAUGGUUGAUUUGAUCUUAUCAUUGAUUUGUGAUAUUGAUUUGUGAUUGGUGAUUGGUUGAUUUGUGAUAUUGAUUUGUGAUUGGUUGAUUUGUGAUUGGUUGAUUUGUGAUAUUGAUUUGUGAUUGGUUGAUUUGUGAUUGGUUGAUUUGUGAUAUUGAUUUGUGAUUGGUUGAUUUGUGAUAUUGAUUUGUGUUUGGUUGAUUUGUGAUAUCGAUUUGUGAUUGGUUGAUUUGUGAUAUUGAUUUGUGAUUGGUUGAUUUGUGAUAUUGAUUUGUGUUUGGUUGAUUUGUGAUAUUGAUUUGUGAUUGGUUGAUUUGUGAUAUUGAUUUGUGUUUGGUUGAUUGAUCUGGGAUUUUUUUAUGGCUGUUUCUGGAACUUUGAAUAAACUUGCUUUAUUGUUCUGAAACCCCGUG